AUGAACAACGAUAAAAUUACAAAUAAAGUAAUAGAAUGGUUGCAAGAAGAUGAAGAUACAAACAUCAGUGACCUGAACUCAGAAACAGAUACAGAAUCUGAGCAUUCAAAUCAUGACACAGAAUCAGAACAGUCAGAUGGUACGAAAUGGCUAAUGUAUAAGCCACAAACUACAAAAACUGCUCGUCAAAAUAUAAUUACAAAAUUACCGGGAGUGAAAGGUGCAGCUAAAAAUUCAAAAACAAUUUUAGACUGUUGGAAAAUAUUUUUUCCCGAUAAUAUAAUUAUUUAUAUUGUCGAAUGUACAAAUCAACAACUUAAUUUAAUUCGUUCUAAUUAUACACGAGGUGAAAGAGACUGUCCACCAACAAAUUUUGAAGAAAUUUUAGCAUUUUUUGGGUUAUUAUAUUUGGCUGGUGUAAAGAAGGCUCAGCAUUUGAACACCGAUGAAUUAUGGUCUACCGACGGUACAGCUCCUGAAUUUUUCUCGGCAACUAUGUCUAAAAGACGUUUUCAUACUCUCGUACAAGCAAUUCGUUUUGAUGAUCGUAAUAGUAGAUUAGAGCGAAAAAAGACUGACAACCUAGCGCCAAUCAGAUAUAUUUUUGACCAGUUUUUAAAAUCAUGCAUAGAAAGUUACACAAUAAGUGAAUACGCUACUAUCGAUGAAAUGUUAGAAGCAUUUCGUGGGAGGUGUAAAUUUAGGCAAUAUAUAGCCAACAAACCCGCCAAAUAUGGCAUCAAAAUAUACGCUCUUGUUGAUGCUAGAACAUUUUAUACUUCCAACAUGGAAAUAUACGCUGGAAAACAGCCCCCAGGUCCAUUUCAAAAAGAUAAUAGUGCAGCUUGUGUAGUGAAACGUCUAAUAGAACCAAUUGAUAAAUCCGGGAGAAAUAUUACAAUGGAUAAUUAUUUUACAUCUGUACCUCUCGCCAACGAAUUAUAUGCAAACCACCGGCUUACUAUUGUAGGAACAUUACGGAAAAACAAAAGAGAGAUUCCACCAGAGUUUACUAAUAUAAAAUCAAGUCCAUUACAAAGUACAAUGUUUGCAUAUGGACAACAUACAAACAACAGUCUUCUUUGCUCGUAUGUUCCUAAAAAAAAUAAAAAUGUUUUAAUGUUAUCAACAAUGCAUCGUGAUGAUCAUAUUGACCCAGAUUCGGGUGAUUUGAAAAAGCCAGAAGUAAUAACUUUCUACAAUUUGACCAAAGGUGGAGUUGAUGUAGUAGAUCGACUAAAAAGUGAAUAUUCAGUAACAAGAAUAAGUAACCGUUGGCCAUUUACAAUUUUUUGUAGUCUGUUGAAUAUUGGAGCAAUAAAUUCACAAAUAAUUUAUAAAGCGAAUACGAAUGAUAUAUUUACUAGAAGACAAUUUCUUACAGACUUAUGCAAAAUAUUAACAAAACCCCAUUUGUUAAAACGUGCAACAAUUCCUAGUCUUGGAUUAUCAAUUCGCCAGAAAAUACAAAAUAUUACAGGAUUUCAAGCAGCACCAAAGGAAAACACUCCUCAAGGAAAGCCACGAUGUACAUACUGUCCAAUACGUAAAAAUAGAUUCACACAGCAUCAAUGUAGCCUUUGCUCCAAACCAAUUUGCAAGGAACAUACUGCAUCAACUAACCUAAUUUGCCUCAUUUGUAAUAAUCCUCAAGAUUCAGAUGAUUAA